CGGAGGGUAUCGAAGAUAGCAGGGGGUACCUCAGUGAUAACAGGGCGUUCCUCAGCGAUGAUAGGGAACUCAGCGAUGCCAGGGAGUCCCUCAGAUACUUUGCUGUCAGCGACGUUGCCCCUGAGACUGCCCAACCCGAGGCUGAACAAGUCGGAAAUCUCCUAGCACAGAUUUACAUUGAACAGGCCCCGUCCACCGCCGUCGUUCAUGAUGAUUCUGCAAAUUUCAGAACGAUAUCUCAAGCAGAGGCAGAGGCUGUACAAGCUCUCUUAGUUUCAGACACAUACGACAGCCCGCCAACUUCCAUGGCCUAUCCAGUCGGAAGAUCGUCUCUCCCAUAUAUAGAGACAAGGAAAGCACCUGUAUCCGAGGACCUGGUCAAGCGCAUGGUAUACACGUAUCUGACGGAUCCUGCAACAAAGCAAAAUGUACCUCCUUCGCGUACACAUGGCUUUAAACUUGACUUGCUGUUCAUCCUGGAUCUCACUGGCAGUCAACAACCAUACAUAGACUCAGUCAAAUCAUCCAUUAAUACCAUCUGCGCAGAGAUACUGGGAUCGGAUCAUUUGAAUUCAGCUCACCCAGGCGAUCUUCGCGUCGCAUUUAUUGGGUUCCGCGAUCAUUAUCCCCAGGAGGACUCUUUCGUUACCCGCCAAUGGGACUUUGUGUCAGAUAUCACUCGAAUUCAUGCAAAUUUGAGAAGUCUUCCUGGUGCUGACGGUGGUGGAGAUGGGCCAGAGGCCUCAACGGCGGCUCUAGCUCGAGCUUUAACGAUGGGGUGGAGGAAUGACUGCAACAAGGUCGCUGUGUUAGUAUCGGAUGCUCCGCCCCACGGUAUUGGAUCUCAGGGCGAUUACUGGCCCCACGGUGUACCAGGUGUGCCGGACCCUCUUGAUCUGGCGAGAGAGAUGCUCCAGAAGAAGAUCACUCUACAUUUCGUCGCUUGCGAACCAAGCUUGAGUCGCUUUCAUAAUGCGCUUGAUUUUUACCGUGGUCUAACCCGCAUAACGGCGGGCAUUGUAGUUCCACUACUUGACGCCAGGGUUAUGUCGACCUGCAUCAUCGGUUCUGCUCUUGAAAGCCUUGCGAUUCAGGAUCUCGUCAACGAGUACAGGGAAACCCUCGAGGAGUUGGUUCCUUCACGAGAGCCCUCGUUGGUGGUGAAAUACCUCCAUGCCCUAAUGCGCGUCAGAGGGCGGACGGCCGACCAGCUGAUUAUGGAGAAUAUUUAUGCCAUGUCUGAUGAUAGGAAGGAAAAUGUUGAAAUUUGGUCGUCAGCUCGUAACCUUGCUGAUGCGAAGGCUCGAUUGCGGGUAAGCUUAUGAUCAUC